GCUUAACCCUAGUUGUGAUGUUAGCCUGUUUUCUUGGACACUCCUAGCGCUUAUCCCACUGCCCCGGUAAUUGCCUCAAGCCCCCUCAGGAAACCAUGGCCGAGCAGGCCUCGGGACCCACUCUGUCGUCCCAACAUGACGAGGUGCUCCAGCAGCGAGUGGCCGCUCUGGAGCAGGAGAGGGCUGAGUUCAUCAAACUCAAGCAGCAGCUGGAGGCCGAGUUCAACCAGAAGCGAGCCAAGUUCAAAGAGCUCUACCUGUCCAAGGAAGAGGAGCUGAAGAGGCAGAACCUGGUACUGGAGGGCGCCCAGGUUGAGCUGAGCUCCGUCCAGGCCCAGCUGUCUCAGGCCCGGGCCGAGAUUGAGACCAUCAAAGCGGUGGCCACUGUGUCGGAAAACACCAAGCAGGAGGCCAUCGACCAGGUCCGCAGCCAGUGGCAGGAGGAGGUGGCCUCACUGCAGGCCAUCAUGAAAGAAACUGUGUGCGAGUACGAGGCCCAGUUCCACCAGCGUCUGGAGCAGGAGCGAGCCCAGUGGAACCAGUACAGGGAGGCAGUGGAGAGGGAACUGGGUGAGCUGAGACGCCGCCUCACCGAGGGCCAAGAGGAGGAAAACCUGGAGGAUGAAAUGAAAAAAGCCCAGGAGGAUGCAGAGAAGCUGCGCUCAGUGGUGAUGCCCAUGGAGCACGAGAUCGCAGCCCUGAAAGCCAAGCUGACGACAGCCGAGGACAGGGUGAAGGAGCUGGAGGCCUCUAAGGUCAAGGAGCUCAAUCAUGUUCUUGAGGCUGAGAAGUCGUGUCGUACGGACCUGGAGAUGUACGUCGCUGUGUUGAACACUCAGAAGUCAGUCCUGCAGGAAGAUGCAGAGAAACUACGGAAAGAGCUCCACGAUGUCUGUCACAAGUUGGAGUUGGAGCGGCAGCAGCACAACCAGCUGAAACACACAUGGCAGAGAGCCAACGACCAGUUCCUGGAGUCUCAGCGCCUCCUCAUGAGGGACAUGCAGAGGAUAGAGAGCGUGCUGUCUUCAGAACAGCUCCGCCAGGUGGAGGAGAUGAAGAAGAAAGACCAGGAGGAGGAUGAGAAAGAGAGGCUGAGCCAAGUGAAGGAGCUGCAUGAGGAGGAUGUGGCAGACAACACCGAGCCUCUGGAGGAUUUAUUCCUCGGGCUGAGUGUUGAGGAGCCUCAUGCCAACCACAGCGGCCACGGCUCUAUGCACUCCUUAGACACUGACGUGGUCGCAGGUGGCCCCACGGACCCCUACAAGGAAAACCUGCGGAGAGUUCAGUCCACAGACAGCCUCGGCUCCUCGCUGUCCGUCCAGCAGGGCCUUGGCGGCCAAAACCACAAAGCCAAGUCGGCCAGCCACUUGGACGAGUCAGACUUUGGGCCCUUGGUGGGGGCCGACGGGGUGACGGACAGUAGUUUUGGUGAAACUUCAUCCAUCAGCUCCAUCAAGCUGACAGCGAGCCACUUCCUGCUGACUAAAGACCAGGAGAAGGCCAUCAAAGCCAUGACGCCUGAGCAGGAGGAGACGGCGUCAUUGCUGUCCAGCAUCUCCCACGCUCCUGACACGGCCUACUUACCGCCCGCAGGUUACAGACUCGUCAGUGACAGCGAGUGGAACCUGCUGCAGCAAGAGGUGAAAAAUGCCGGCAGGAAGCUCGGCCGACGUUGUGAUAUGUGCUCCAACUACGAGAAGCAGCUGCAGGCCAUCCAAGGACAAGAGGCUGAGACACGAGAUCAGGUGAAGAAGCUGCAGGUGAUGCUACGUCAGGCCAACGAUCAGCUGGAGAGGACGAUGACCGAGAAACAGAGUUUGGAAGAUUCGGUCAAAGUAGGCAACGAGGAAACUGCAGCUAAGGUGUCCACCCUCAUGCAGAGAGUCCAGGAGUCAGAAACGCUGCUCAGCACACUACAACAGGCCUUCAGUGAAGCAAAGAGGAACACACAGGAACAGAUGGCGGUGCUGGUGAAGUCGAGGGAGCAGGUGGCAGAUGAACUAAGCCGACUGCAGAGAGACAACGAGAGCCUGCAGGGAAAACACAGGCUGCACGUAGAACUGCAGCAACAAGAGGACUUCCAGAUGCCCAAUACUGUGCAAGAGCUACACAGCCUGGUGGUGCGGUUACGUGAGGACCUGGUGGCGUUACGGACGUCAGCUGAUCACAUGGAGGAGAAGCUGAAAGCUGAGAUUUUGUUUCUGAAGGAGCAGAACCAGGCGGAGCAGUGUCUGAAGGAGAACCUGGAGGAGACUCUGCAGUUGGAGAUCGAGGGCUGUAAGGAGGAGAUAGCCUCUUUCUCCAGUCUGAAGACGGAGCUGGAGCGAAUAAAGGCGGAGAAGGAACAGUUGCAGAGCAGUUUAACAGAGAAGACUGAGACACUGGAGAGUAUCCAGGCCCUGAGGGUCACCCUGGAGCAUCAGCUCAGAGAGCUUACCACUGCAAAGAGUGCACUAGAGAGUCAAGUGUUUGAAGAGAAAGACAAAGCUCAGCGGCUGCAAACAGAGCUGGAUGUCAGUGAGCAGGUUCAGAAAGACUUUGUCAAACUUUCUCAGACCCUUCAGGUACAGCUGGAGCGAAUACGACAGGCGGACUCCUUGGAUCGAAUCAAAGUCAUCCUCAAUGAUACCAACUUGACUGACAUCAACCAGCUUCCAGAGACAUGAUACCACUGAUUGAAAACUGCCUUCAGUUUCAUUCCCCCUUCUUUCUCUUUAUCACUGGCCCCAGUAACAUUAUUGAUCUGACCCUUCCUCCUCCUCCUCCCCCAUAACCACCACAGAGGAAGAGUUUGGAGGACAGACGUGGCAUGAGGAGCCUUUUGUGUACAUUGAGAGUCUUGGAACACACCAUGGAUAGAAUAAUGAAGAAGAACACUACUAAAAAAAUUGUAAAUAACUAAAUGUGUGACUAUGGACGGAGGGAGUCCAUCUUCCCGUGGGUCUGUCUGUGUCUUGUUUCUACUGUAGAUAUAUGACUGUCUGUAUUAGCUCAACCAAAAAAGGUUUGUCGUCUUCUUAAGCACUUUUCAUCUGCAACUUCUCUUUCCAGGUAAAUAUAGAAAACAAUUGGAUGCAUAACUUUUUCUCCCUCUGUUCCCAAAGCGGUUGAUAUUCGCUUCCCUGUUCCACUUGCUUGUUUUUCCCCGUGUUUUUGUUUCCUCGCCUUCUCUGGCUAUUUUUCCUGUGACAUUUUCCACCUUGUUCACCUUGUGACGAACACGAUGAAGGAGAUUCAUGGAAAAAUACUUGCACAUAACUUAAGUUAGAUAAAAAAAAAGGAACACAAUUUGAGCAAUACCCUCCAUUUCUUAAACCUCCUCCACUGUAUCUUGUUUUGUUCUUAACGUCUAACAGAAGCCUUUUUUAAAAGCUGCAGAAAUACAGUGAAGAAACAUCAAGUCAUGUUUCAAAGUUUUAUUUUUCACAUGUUUCUUGAUUGUCGAGGAAAUCAUCAAAACACUAGCUGACCCAGUUUACAUCAUGGUUUGGUGAGGAAGCAUAAAUGGAUUUUAAUUCACACUUUGUUCCUUUUUGUUUGAUUUAUUUUCUGACCUUCUUAAAGGGGACCUAUCAUGCUCAUUUUCAGCUUCUAGUAGAAUAUGUUUACAUGCUUAAAUGGUCAAAAAACACUUUAUUUUCCUUACACUGUCUGUGCAGAUACACCUCAGAAACACCCUCCAUCUCAAACGCUCCGUUUUUGCACCUGUCUCUUAAAGCCGGCCUCCCGAAAAAGCUUAGUCUGCUCUUAUUGGUCAGCGUUUUCUGGUCUUCUGUAUCUCAGCAUCUCUGCCAAGCCCCCAGGAAGUGCGCUGGACUUUGAAGCCAAUUGCACAUAGUGGUCAAACUGUGUAACUACAACUUCUGGGUCAGUAACGUGAUGCCAUCAGGCGCAAAAAAAAAAUAGAGACGUCUAUAAAUCAAAGCUAAUGUUUUUAAGCGUCACUCAUUUCACUUUUGGGAUUUGAUUCAUUUGAUACGAUAAUGUGAAAAAGAGCUGCAAUGACUAAAUAUUUUAUCCCCAUUCAAGUUGAUGGAGGGCUAAAUUGAGAGUUAGCCACUCAGCCGGAGAAGUCUCUAGUGCACUAGCUCUAUGGAUCUGGGUAAUUUGACACUCAGGAAGUUAAAAUUUUUUGGCGUCAUGCACCACGAAGCAACUUUUAUUGGAAUGAAUGGGGCCCUGCCUCCAACAUUAUAUCCAAUUCUCUUUAUACAUCCAAAGUCUCUGCACCAUCAUUGUAGCCCGGGGAGUGACUGUAAUGCAGUAUAGCAUCACUUUAUACCAUGAAAACCCGUCAAUAAAAGCCUUAAAACCCAACCGUACAUGUUCCGGCAGGAAUAUGAUCCAAAAUCGCGGCGCAGUUAACUACACCAGCAACCAAGAUUACAUGUUUCCCUGGCGUUAGCUUGUAGCUACAUGUAGCAAUGUAGGCUACAUAAUGUAAACACUCGCAGUAGCGUGCCUGGAGCAGAUGACCAUGUAAAGAAAUCUCUCAUGAGCUGACAUCUUGUCUCGAAAGUAGGAAAAAAAACCCAAUGGAAACUUAGUAUUCAGAACAGUCUGAAGGUCUGAGGUUUUUGCUCACAGUGGUUACUUUUACAUACAUUUACCUUCUCGUUUGAAACUUUUAUCCACCAUUAUUUAGAACAUCGGACAUUGCAACAUAACAUGUGACAGAAAAUAAGGAAAAGCAAAAUAGGUCCCCUUUAAUGUUAUUCUAAAGCCCUUAAGUUACAGGUGGUGGCUUUUUGGUUGGCGCAAGUUAUUUUUCUUCUGUCACAGCAGUAAGAGGCAGUUAACUGUUGGGGGCGCCAGGGGAAGGAAAGGCGAACCUCUAGCUAGCAAGCGACUCUGCCACUUCCUGUCUGACGGAGAAAUUCAGAGGAUAAAAUUUCGACUGAUGGACAGCUGACAUAUCUGUUGUGUGUCUACGAGGUUCAUUCAUCACUUCAGCAAAGUCUGUAUCGGCGAGGCUACUAAUGGAUGUUAUUUAAAUCAGUGCGUUAGAAAGCAAGACUUUGCAGCUGUGCAUCAGAAAUCACUAAAAACAAGAAUUCACAGACUGAUAAACAACUAAAGCUGCCAGUAUGCUUCGUCAGAGCUGCUUGUCGGAUUGUCAUGUAGCUGUUUCCUUCAAUUUUAAUUUGAACAAUAGAAUAAAAUAUGAAUGCUUUCCAGGAAAGAUUGUCAGAAAAUGUCGGCCGAUAUCCCCAUAUUAGCCUCUUUGUGAUGGCUGCUCAGACCAACCAUGAACCCUUUUGGUUUCGGACAACGUGCCUCAGUGUGGCUCAGAACAAUCCAUGUUGUACAAUGUGUCAUCAGACCACCCUGAAGGCAGAGUGUUUAUACCUUUUCUGAAUGGCUGCAGUCAGAAGAACUCCCGAGUCUCUGUACUUUGGACCCAGUACAUUUUACAAAUGGGGACAUUUUCAGAUCGUGGUUGAGGUAGAUGUAUGUCAAAUGAAAAAAGGGAGCUUUUGAGAGAGAAAUCCCGCCUCCUUUUACCCCUCCACACACCUUUAUGAGGGUGUGAUUGUCAUGUUGUUUGUGUAGCAAAGUUGCAAAAAUUGUCUGAAGCAAACUGAAAGGAGGGCUGAAGCAGCCCAAUCUUCAGAAGAAAAUGUUGGGAAUGUACGUUUUUGCAAACCACGAAAAUGUCAAAUUAAAAGGUUCAGUGUUUCUAAAGUGAUGUAAUAUAUGAACAGACAGACAGUCAUCUGAGGGUGCAGGGAACUGUGGAUGGCGUGUCACCUUGGCGAGAAAGAGAAGGUGUAUGGCACAAUACCUAGGUGAGAAAGGGAAAGUGGAUGGCAUGUCAUCCAGGCAGGAAAUGGAUGGUGUAUGGUGUGUCACCUAGGCAAGAAAGGGGCAGUGGAUGGCACAUGAGCAAGGCGAGAAAUAGACAACAGAUAGUGCAGCACCUAGGCGAGAAAUGGGCCCCGGAUGGGGCGUCACCUAGGCG